AAUAUUGUGUAAUGUGUAUACAACUUUGCGCGAACGCCUGCGACUCUGUUCUGUGUGUACGCGCGUCGUGCACUCGUGCAUGUAUUUGUGUUAAUGUGUGUGACAACUGACAAGUGAACGUCGUGUAUCGUGUUCUACACAGUGUUUUCCGCGACCGUCGACCGUGUACUCCUGCGUUUUCAUCGACUUGGUCCGUUUUACACCGUGUCUCUUAAAUUUUUUUCGUCGUUUGAACGCACGUUGACACGGCUUCCGUAACAACAAUCGUCCAACACAAACGCUUUCUACUGUCAAAAGCAGAACUGUCGCUGACGCCGAACUUUCUUCCCGAAUUGACGUGCUCGUGUAUUCGGUGUGCAUAUUCCGAACGCACAUCGUUCCCAUCACAGUCGACGUAUCCCUCUAACGCGCGCCGAGAACCCUGUGCGUGAAUUCCGCGCGCUGCUUCCUGUACGACCCACCGCCAAAACGGACGCCGAAAUUGACAUGGAGAAGAGAAUCGAAUUGGAGAAACGGGGUCGGAAACCCGAGGAGGCAAGUAUACGACGACUGGAAACGAAAUUUUUCGUCGAUAAAAAAUUGUCCUUUCCGUUCCGCGUACGGUUUUUCGAAAUCCGGAGUAGCGCGCGCGCGCGCGCACGAUUACCGCUAACCGGCGUGUCGUUCCGCACACGUCGGAUGUUCACUAUUUUUUUAUUUUUAUUUUUUCUGACGUAUCUCGCACGUUUUUUGGUUUUGUAUUUUUUCGGAAACUCCGUAAAAUUGUCUACUAUAAUUAUGUAGAUAUGAUAAUCGUUGCGCAGUGGCCACCCACACGAAUGCGAAACGUACAAAAAUGUACACAUUUGUCUUUUAAUACCUAUUUUAAUUUUCUUUUUUUUUUCCCUCCCGAAGAAUAUAUAGUCUUCGUCAGGUGCCCCUGGGUAGUUGGUUUGUAGGUUUUAAGCCUUUCCGGCCAAUUUCGCGCCGGAACAAACGAUGUCGUCGGUCUAAUCGCGGUUCGUCAAUAUACAAACGCCGUGUCCGUGUGUCUGUCAUUAAACAUAAUGAACAUCGUUCUUGUAGUCUCGUGUAUAAUAAUAUUAUCUGCCGCUGCGACGGUUUUAAUUAAGCUAUCGAUAAAACAACGAGAGCUAUUGGAUGGACAGGUGUGUGUGUGUGUGUGUGUGUGCGUGCGUUUCGCGCGUGUGUGCGUGCGUUUCGCGCGUGUGUGCGUGCGCGCGCGUGUGCGGUGUAUGUUUAUGUAUAAUAUAUGUAUUAUAACAUUAUGUUUAAUGUUAUAUUUGUGUGUACGUGCGCGCGCACUUGCUCAUGUAUAGAAUAUAUUAUGCCGCCGGGCGUGUGCGCGUGUGUGUAGGGUUCGACGGGUGGGCGGUUUGGGGGUAAUUUGGCCGACGGCCAUGUUUAAAUUUUAAAUGCGUCGUCUGGUCUCGACGACGUGUGCGUCUCCUUCAAUAAUGAACUCAUGUCAAAAUCUAGGGAUAAUAUUUUCGCUUAAUUUUAAAAAAAAAAAAUAAUAAUAAUAAUUAAACCAUAGUUUGGUAUUUAUUUGCUCCCGAAAAUAAUAAUAUCAUAAAAACGGUUUUUCGUGACGGACUUGUACGUAAAAUAAACGGUGCUGUACUUUUUAUCAGCUAUCGCUGAUCGUCCUAAAUAUAGGUACACUACCAUUAGCUCCCGAAUUUCAAUAAGUAUACAAUUUUUUUUUUCAAUGAUCCAUGUAUGCUUGAGUUAUCUACUAUCCUAUGAUAUGUAAGAUUAUGUUUAGUGUGCGUUCGAGUCUUGUACUUUUUCAAACCAUAUUUAACAUUUUUAGUAUUCAUAUGUUAUAACAUAAAAUGUGCUUGUUUGAAUCUGAUGGAUUUGGUCUCUGUGAGUUUAAUAGAAGUAACAGUUAGGUACCUUAGUAGUCUUCAGUAUUAAGUUAAUUUUUGGCUUAUUUCUUUGAUAAAAAUUCCUUGCAACAUCUGUAUAAUUAAAGUAAGUCCUCUGUUAUUGGUUGGUAAUUAGUGUAGAUAUAAUAAUAUAUUGCAAAUUAGAGAGCGAAUAAUAAUUAUACAAGCAUGGAUGCUAUUAUUUUUUUAGGUUAGGAUAGCCUUUGCCAUUGCAUAUUUUUUGUAAAGCUGUUCAUUAUCCUGUAUCAAAUUCUGAUAAAUCAGCAUACACAGUUCUUUGAACUUGUGCUAAUAGUUACCAAAAUGCAUGUUUCGGUUUCAUACUAAAUUGCAGUCUAUGGAAUCUUAAUAAUGAUGUUCCCUUGCAAAAACCUCAGUUACUCCAAAGAAUAACUAUAGAUACUUCGAAAAUUCCGUGUUCUGAAUAUAGAAAGAAUUAUUAAAUUAUUGUUUAUUUUUUUUAAUAAUAAUUUAAAAAUAAUAUGUUAUAUAUGUAUUUGUAAUGAUUGUUUUAUUUUAUUAUUGAAAUUUUAACAUUUUUACAAUUAUCUUUAAAUAAAAUAAUAAAAAUAUGUAAAACACGGAAUAUGUGUAUAAAGCCCACAAUUGUUAAAUUUUGAAACUUGUUUGUGUAAUAUAAUUAAUUAUAUCUUUAAUUAUGAUUCUUUAAGAAAGUAUACCAUAGCAUUAGUAUUUAAAAAAUUAGCGUGAAAAGAAGUUGGGACAUUUUUUCUUUUCUUUAAUCAGUUACAUAGGAAAGCUGGACAAAUCAUUAAUUAGUGACUGAAAUUCACCAUCGCAGUUAGUACAGAGGUUACAAAAAUAACAUGAUAAUGGAUAUGUAAUUAUAAAAAAUAAUAAUAAAUCAUUUUUUUUUUUCUAAAACCUUUGAAAAAAUUACAUUUUCCUUGAAUUUUGACUUAUAAAGAUUCUACUGAAACCAGUGAUGUUCUAUUUAAUAUACUUAAGUUGUUUGUACAGGUAUAUAUUUUAUAUAUUUCAAACUCAACAAUUUUUUUUUAUACUAUGUAUUUUUGACAAUUUAUCAACCAUUGGCAUUACUUCUCUAUAUAUAGUUAAAAUAAAGAAUCCAUUUUUCAUGUUUAGUCCAAGAUACUCAGUUUAUGUUUGAUUGAUUCUGGUAGAUUUUACUAUACUAUAUUUAACUAUUAUUUUAGCUAAUUCAAUUUUUUUGAUUAUAUUAAUUAAAUAUUUAUUAUCUUAUAUUUAUUUAGAUAGACCAGUUGAUUUUGGAUGAUUGUCGUAGCACCGCGAUAGUUGGUCUUACAGAUGAAUAUACCGGCUUACGCAGUCUCAGUUUAAUAAAUGUUGGUUUAACAAGUUUAAAAGGUUUUCCAAAGUUGCCUUUACUGUCAUAUGUAAGUAUUAAUACUCCAUAAAAUGUAAUAUUGUGUAUCAAUAUUAUUAAUUUAAUAUUUAUUUAUUUCUAGUUGGAUGUCAGUGAAAAUCGAAUUUCUAAUAGUCUUCAGAAUCUUAGUGGAUGUAUUCAAAUUAAAACAUUGAAUCUCGGUCAAAAUAAAUUAAAAGAUUUUGAAGCCAUCGAACCAUUAGUAAUAUCAUUGAUACUUGAAAAAACAUUUAUACUAGAUUUUAAUGUACCAUUUUAUUAUUUUUGGGUUAUAGAAAUCAUUAGAAAACCUGAAGUCCUUGGAUUUAUCUAAUAAUGAGGUAACAAAACAACAAGGGUACAAAGAAUUUGUAUUACAGAAAUUCACUAAGACUCUUAAAUACUUAGAUGGGUAUGAUUUAUCAAAAGUAAUAAUAAUGAUUUGUAUUAACAUAAAUAUUUAUAAUUGUAGGGAAACUAUUGCCAAUGGAAAAACUGAAUCUGACUCUGACAGUGAUGACGAUGAUGGUUCAGAAUGUGAAGGUAAACUUAAUGCAUAUUUUUAAAAAUAAUAAAAUAAAGUAUAAAAAUAAAUUAUUGUAGCUGAAGAAGAAUGUGAUGGUGAAGAAGACGAUGAUGAUGAUAAUGAUAAUGAAAAUGAUAGUGAAGAAUAUGAUUCAGACAAUGAAGUAUAUGAUACAAGUGGUGAUGUAGGUUUAGAAGAAAUGUUAAAAGACAAUAUUGAUGAAGAAAGCGAAGGAAAUGAUUAUGUAGUUGACGAAGAAGAAAUAGAUCAAGAUACUUCUGAUGAAAGUGAUGAUGGUGAUGACAAUGAUGAUGCUGGUGAAGCCGAUGGGAGUACUGCUAAUGGUAAGUUUGCAUGUUGAUUGUUUAGUUAACAUUCACUUGUCUUACAAAAUAUUUGCAUAGGAAUGAACAAACAUUUUCAAACAGAUGAUUGAUGAACAGAAAUUGAAUCAGUAUUUUUUAAAAAAAAUUUUAUUUGAAUAUGGUGAUAUUUGUUUCUUUUUCAUAUUGAUUUCACUGUAUUGCACAAAAUUCUAUUCUAUUGAUUUCUUUUAAAUUAACCUGAUUUAGAGUAUACCAGUUAAUCAAAUUUGAUUAGUAUUAAAUUUCCAAAUAAACAUUUUGACUUGUAUGUUUUGUUUGAAAUAUAAUAGUCUGAUAUAUAAUUGUAUUUUUUUUUUCUAGAUAUUUGCUGCUAAAUAUUUAUUAGGGCUCCCUUUGUUUGUUCUAAAUGAGGUCAACUUAGUUUUAUUAGUAUAUUGGAGUGAUAAAAGUAUAGGUUUAUUACAAUUUAAAUUACAAUAUGUUUAGUGUAGAUGAAGUGUUUUUAUUAAUUUUGCACACUCCUACAAAUGAAGCUAAGAAGAUCAAAUUUUUGAAUGAAUUUAGUUGUUUAGGAUUUCAAAUUUUAAUUCUCUUAUUCAAAUUUUUUUUUUUUUUACCAAUUGUUAUUUAAAUAAUACAAAUAAACAAAAAUCCUCUUUCAAAACAAAAUUUAAAACAACUUAUCAUUUGACUAGUUACAGUUGAUACCCAUAAUAAAACCCCUGAAACUUUGGUAUUAUUGAUAAAGAUUUAUCGAUUUACUAAUAAAUAUAAUGCCAUAUCAACUUCCUCAGUGUCCAAAUAAUGUAUAGCUGUAACUCAUUAAAUAUAAGCAACAGAUAUCAAUUUUAAAUUGUUUGUCAUUUAAAAUAUUUAAUAUACUAACUACAAGUCAAGAUGUUCUUUGAGAUCUAUUCCAUUAAGAGAUUGUAUUAGUAUAAACAUUAAAAAAAAACAUCAAUAAUUAGGUACUAGCAUUGAUUAUUAGUGCUAGUUCCUAUAAAACAUUUAAAUGUCACAUUUAUUAUUGCUUUUGUAAGCUUUUCACAGUAUGUUUUAAGAAAUAAUCUAUCUGCACCUAAAAAAUAUGUAUUUCUAAUGAAUUUAGUGUUUGAAAUAUAAUUACAGUUUCAAAAAUAUAUAAAUAAUACUGUUUAAUUAUGAACACUUAGUUAUUGUGUUAACUAAUUAUUCAUCAUUCAUCAUUUUAUAUAUUAAUAUUUAUUGUGAAUCUAUUUAGUUUAUAAUAUAUAUAAUCUAACAUUUUACAGAAUCACAAGAUACGAGAGGGAAGAAAAGAAAACUUAAUGACGAAUAAUUUAUUAAGUAAGAAUGUAAUUACUGUUAUGUUAAGUGGAACAAAUUGUAUUUAUGUGUCCCACACAUUUUUUUAAUUAUCAACUUAAAAUCUUUUUAUUAUUAUUUUUUUUUUGUAAAUUGAUUGUUCUAAUAAACAUUUUCAUGUUGUACCACACAAAUUAUUUAUUUUGAAUUUAAUGUUAUGCCAUUAUAUUUUUUAAAUACACUAUUGACUUGGACUUAUCAAGCAACACAUUUUAAAUUUUACUGGGUUAACAUUUUUACAUUUUAAUAAUAAGUGUUUUAACUGUAUAUUUUUUAAAUAUGUUUGUGAAAAUUGUUAACCUAAUUGUAAUUUAAUUUGUGUAUAAACCAAAUGAUUGGGUAUCAAUGUGCUUUAUAAUGCACAUUAAAUUAUAUAUAUAUAUAUAUAUAUAUAUAUAUAUAUAUAUUUAUCAAAGCUGGACUUAUUAGAAUUAAAAAGUUAUUUUUGUUAAUACUUUAAAACCUAAUCAGUUAGGUAGUUUAAAUUCUGAAUAAUUUUCUAACUUCAGGCAUUAGAUACUUAAAAUAUUCUUAUCUAUCAUAUUAAAAAGUUUGAAGAGAUCAGUUUUAUAUGUUUUCAGUUUAAUUUAAUUUAAUAUUUUAUAAUUUCCAACAUAAUUGUUGUAAAAACACAAAACAAAUAGCCGCUAUAAUUUUAUUGGUUUUAUUUUUCAAUAACUAACUUAAAUUUCUUAAACUGAAUAUCUUUAGUGAUUUCCCAGCUUUGAUAUUUAUAUUGAUUUUAUAUAAAAUUAAAAAAAUGUAUUUAAUCAUUGUUUUAUUUUGUCACAAUUAAAUUAAAUUAAUGUGACUGAUUAUUUUUGUUGUCAGUAUGAAUUUAAGAAAAUACAAUUUUUCAAGUUAUAAACUAGUAGUUUGUACAGGGUAUAAGAAUUUUUGAGUAUUUAAAAAAAAAAUUGUUUUCUGGGGUGGAAUAAUAUGGUACACUUGUCUUAUAACUUAACUAAAUAUUUGAACUUAAAAUUACCCAAUUUUGUUUUAUUAAUAUAUAUUAUACAUAAUAAUAAAUAAUAUUUUAUUUUAAAAUGAUUUAAUACUAAUAUUUAAACAAUUUACAACCUGUUGGUUUUUUUUCUCAUGUUGUGUCAAAAUACAAAUGUUUAUUAGGUACUCAAUAUUUUUAUAAUAUUAUUACCUUUUAUUGAAGCAUUAUUCAGGAACAUCAUUUCUAGUAUUUUUUUUAAUGUUGCUCCAAAUUGUCUAAUAAAUAUAUUUUAACUUUAAAAUAUUGUGUUUCAUCAUAACCAUCAAAUAAAUGUUGACCACUUACCCAAUAAUAGAUAUAUAUAUUUUUUGCUUGUUAAUUGUUAAUAUUUUAAAAAUUUAUGGUAAAAAAAAAUUAUUUCAUUUCUAUUCUAUUAUUUUGACAAUGUUUGUUAAUUAAAAUAACCAUGGUUGUUUAACAAGGGUAAGAAAUAAUCAAAUACUUUAAUACUAAAUACCUAGUAUUCCACCAUUUAAUUUGUAAACUGAUAUAGUUUUUUAUGCUCUAUUUCUUACACCCUGUGUAUGAAUUAUUUAUAUUGUAUAUUAAAUUUAAAUAUAAAAUUAUAUUUAUUAUAAAGAAAGAAUAAUAUCUUGUGAGUGUCUUGAAUGUAAAUAAUUAUUUUUAUAACGUUAGAUGAAAAAUUAUUUAUGAUCUUAUCAAAAUUAUAAUCACCUAUUCAACUUUUAUUUUAAUAUAUAUAUUUACAUAAUAUAUAAAAGGCUCAAUGAAAUGAUUAUAUUUUAGUAAAUAGACCUUUUGUAAAAUUUAAAAAUUAAUCAACAAAGGACCAUUUCUUAUAUAUUGAUUGAAUAAUUUCUAUUAGUAUGUAAUGUAUCUAGAAUAUUUAAUAUGAUAUUUAUGAUACAAAACAAUAUUCCUUAAUGAUUUGAAUAUUGUAAUAUAACUGUUAUUUAAUAUAAAUAAUAUAUCAACACAACUAUGAUUUUAAUUAUAGUUCAAUAUUUUUUUUAAAUUGAAACAGUAGUUCAAAUGUUUAAAGAAUCAUAAAAUUCUGAUUUUAGUUAUCUUUUAGUAUGGUGUUUGUGAAUGUAUAGUAUAAUAAAUUAUACAAGUAUAAUUUUCAUCAUACUUAAUUCAUUAUUAAGUAGUAGUUUUGUUUACUUUUAAAUUAAACUAAUUUGUAUGUAUUUAUUAUUUUGAUUCAUUAAUUUUUAUUAAAAAAUAAUAUUACAAAAUUCAAUUCUUAAGAAAUAUAAAGUGUCAUUAGCCUUAAUAGCACAUCAUGUUAUUCGUUUAUUUUUAAUUAUUUUCACUAACUACUUGAUUAUUGAACCAUUUUGUUAUUGUUGUAAAGGUUUUAGUUUUUAUUUUGGUAGAAAAAAUAACUAAAUAUUUGUAUUAGAUUAAAAUAUAUAUUUUUAAAUGUAUUCAGUUGCAAUCUUCAGUUGUGCAUAUGUCACUUAUAUAUUAUAAUAUAUUUAUUUACUGUUUGUACAAAUAUAAUUUCAUUAUUAUUAAAAUUAAUGUUUCUGUAUACAUACAUGAUACAAUUUUAUUGUAUUUACACAUUAUUGUUAAGCUCAUUAUUUGUGUUACUUCUGUUUAACUUUGCUUUAAAAAAAAAAAAAAAUGAAGAGAAUAACUAUAUUAUGCUUGUUUCACAGCAUAAAAAAAUUGUUUUUAUUCAAAAAUUUUCAAUAUAAUUUGUAAAAAUAUAUUAUUAUAAAAUAUAUUAUGUUUAAGAAUAAUUAAAA